UCCUCGCACAGGUAACAGAAGACUUCCAAGUCGAAGUGGGGCCACCGCAUUCGUUUCUCUCGAAAGGCAAGGCGUCGAAUUCAGGACAAAAUCCGUCGCGGUGGUACUUUGCUGCUUUGCCUCGAAACCGACUACUACCGAUCGACUCGCGAUCGGGGCAAGGUGUGGCGACCAUACUCUCGAUCUCACCUUUGAUUUUUCAACUUUUCUUCCCGCGAGUUUCAUUCCGUCAUUCUUCAAACACACAGAUUUGGAUUUCCAAUUUUGGUUUUCAGUCUGUGACUAGUUCCAGUUUAGAGUUUGCAUCUGUGGCAGCUAAUUAAACUCUGUGACUCCUUAUCUCUUGUUUCGUGGUUGUUGAAAUUUGGUUCUGUGAUUUCAAGUUUAGACCUUAAGUUUUUGACAUUUUAUAAUUCAGCUCUGUGACUUUGGAUUUAAUCUGUUCUGUGACUUUUUACAUUUUGUCGAGUGGUUCUGCAGAUUUUCUUUCGUGACUUUGUAAACUUCAUUCGGUGAUCGAACUCUGUGGUAUCAGAUGAUCAAAAAUGCAGGAUCAGUGGAUUUAUUGAACCAUGUUUCAUGUGCGGUAAAAUUCUUAACUUAGUUUCGACAAUUUUUCAAUAUUGCCGAGUGUCAGUUUGACUCAGCAGAUUGCCAACAGAUUUCGGAUGACAUCGCUGAAUCAGAGUCUGGGCUGCUUCUGCCGUUGCACUCUUGUCUGUGUACCGUAGAACGUACCGUAUUAUUAGAGCUGCCUGUGAGACGUGCAGCAAACCGAGCAUUCAGUGAGUGAUGGCCUUACGUUUGAGGGGAAGUAAAGAUGUCAAGAAAAGCUCUUAUUAUGUAUGGUAUUUGGGGGCGAGGGAAGCCAAAGGAGUGGAUGCUAUGCCAAGUGCCAUAGAUUAUCUGUUGGAACGUGAACGACUUCAAGAACCUUUCAAGGUCACUCUACAGCUCAGUAGUAAAGGUCUGAAGAUCAUUCAAACAGUUCAUCCUGCUGCUUCUUCAAGAUCGGCUGUGAAGCAUUUGGUGCCAGGGCAUGCAGUUUUGGCUGCAGUUCAAAGAGAAGAUGUUGUUGCAGCAACUCUUCUUCUUCCCAAUCCUGCAACCAACAAUCCAGUUCAUGUGCAUGCAUACAGAUGCGAUUCGGUAGAAACUGCAGAAUUACUGGGAGGCCAAUUGAAGGCUUUGGCCUCGCACUCAGAUAAUUUAGCGAGAAUUGCGUCUACCGAAAGUAGAAUUCGCAGCAAUCUAGGUAGCGACGGAAGGAGCACUCGAGAGUCUGAAUCUUCUGAAGGAAGUGGAGAACUUAGGCAUCUACCUGCGCAAUCAGCAACAAUUUAUGAAUCCCUCGCUGCUGAACUAAGGGCAAAAUUAGGCAGGGGAAAUUCGGCUGACAACCACGCGGGACCCAUUCUUUUGCCACCUAGAGAUUACGACACAGUUCACAGACAGCGUGGUAAUCUCGCGGGAAUCGAGUUCAGACGAUGUCUUAAUCAAACGAUCGUUGGUGGAAACACUGCCAUUGACAGAGGUGGAACGAGAAGUGCUGCCAGCAGUGGAAUCGGUUCUGAUAGUGCCGCGACACCUCCUCCCUAUCAGUCCCAUCAUCCUCUAGGACCAAGGCCAUCCAGACCCUCCAGAGAUUCCUCUUCCGAUGACGACUGGGGUGCUCAGACAGAUGAUCAAGAUUACCUUCCAGAACGCGAAAGCUCAAAUCUCACUCUACCGAGAAUAACUCGAAGUCCAGAAAGAGUUCCUGUCCCCAGGGGCAUUUCUCCGGCUCCCCAUAGGAAUCGCAAACAACCAGAACUUAGACAAAGAUCUCCGAGUCCACAAUAUCAACCAAGAGUCAACCCCGGAGAAGUAACCAGUCCAAGGGAAAGAUUCCAAGAUGCCAAGGAAAUGUUCAGGGCGAUGGAAAGAGAAGCCUUCCAAAGACCUGUUAUCAUCAGGCAGAGGGAACCUGAAAUUCAUUCCAUGCACAGGUUGGACUUGCCGCGGCAAGCCCAUGGGGACAGAAUGGGCAGACAAUUUGUUUCUACUUCCGCGCCACAUCACGAACACUUGAUCAGCAGAAGAAGUCAUCCUGAACUAUUAGUUCGUGAGAAUGACGUUUCGUGCAAUGCCAGACCCAGACCUAGAACCCAUCAUUACUCCUCGGAACGUCCACCGGAACCGGAAGUUACGAGACCUCGGCCACGAAGCUUUUACGAGAGUCCUCCCGCCGUGAGAGAGCUCAGGGGUCCAAGAAAUGCAAUCAAUGCAAGAGAUAUCAGGGACUUCAGAGACCGGCCAAAUUCUCGGGACCUGCGAGACAAAAUGAGAUCAAGGCCCUUGACAUAUCAAGAACUUUCUGAAAACGAAAGAUAUCCUGGUUUGGAUCGGGAAAGUGCAAGACCUGCCCUAGAAAUUAUUCCUUCAGUUGGCAGAUAUCGUCAUAGUUAUGCCGAGCCGCCGAGACUUGGCCUUGCAGCUCUUCAUCCCUACUAACACCAAUUGUUGUUAUUUAGUGGUCAAACUAUGUAAUUUUUUGAACAUUUUCCUAUUAUCCCACUGCAAGAGGACCCACAAACAAAAUUUGCAAAAAUCGCCAGGAUAAUUAUAAUACAAUUAUAAUUAUUGGACCUUGGACGAUGAAAACGAAUAAGCGUUAAAAACUUUAAAGCAAUUCUGAAAAUCGAAAUAAUUCAGAGAAAACAUUUUCAGAAAUAAUUCCUCUUUCAAUCUAUAUUAAUUUAAAUUGAUAAAUUAAUAUAAUUAUUAUAAGAGGGAAGUCGGAGUUUAAAGAAUAACUUUGAAUAAAUCUGAAACGCUUUAUUCUAGCUUAAAAAGACGAAGGAUAAAAGGAGUAGUCGAAGAAGAACGAUUUUGUUGACGAGAAUGUAUAAUUUGGAAUUUAGAAACAUUAGAAACUGAUAAGUACCUUACAUUACGAAAAUUGCUGCGCUUUAGGAAAAAUUGUAAUUAUAAUUUGGAAAGCUUAUUUGCUCAAAAGUCAUGGGUAUUUAAUCCAUUAAAGUCUAAAUAUUUUUAUAUUGUAUUGAUAAUUUAAAUUUUUAUUAGAUUCGUUUAUAGUUUAGUUUGAAGUACAUCACGAUUGUUUAAAUCCUUGAUAAAAUGUACAAUAAUCUUCUGAAGUCUUAGCUUUGAUGGAUUUAAACUUUUUAAUAUUUUAUGUUAUAUUACUGAUAUAAAUUCUAUUCUGCGCUUAGAAAUUUUGAUAUUAAUAGUCGCAGGUAGUCGAAUUUGCUCACAUGCAACGCUCAAUGACAAUUUCCCUAAAUAAUAUGUAAGUUAUGCUGAUGAAAACAAAAUGCGACCAAGUACGUGUGCACCUCUUUCAAAACGAUUCAAAAUUAUUUAUUGCGAGAGGCACUUGUUGGGUAGUUAUCAAGAGAAAGAGAAGCGGCAACGAAAAUUUAAUGCUUUUGUCAGCAACAUAUCAUUUGAACGCAAUCAACGCACAGAAAUUUUCACGUUUCUGGGUAGUUGAAGAAAAUAAAAAAGCGUUUACGACGCCUAAAACAAUUGUUUACGAUGUGUAUAAUUGCGCUCUGAAAACACAGAAGGCUCAGUGUUGUAAUUCAGGAGAUAAGGAUCUUUUCCUGAGGGUUUGAAGUUUCAAAUGUAAAAUGACAUCUGUGUUCUCAGGAUCGAGCGUUAGAUUUGGUAUAUUACUGUAUAGAGACUCACUAACGACAAUAAUAACAAUAAACAACAUUAAACCUUUGUAA